AUGAAAAUAAGAGAUAAAAACCAAAUACAGAAGUGCUAUUUAAAUAUCUUCAGUGGAAUUUUCUUGGCUCUGCUUUUGGCAUUUAGCUUGUGGCUUUUAUUUGAGAGAAACAAUUUCUUUGGUGUUUUUUUUCUCAUUUCUUCAGUCAAGAACUAGCCAGUGACAUAUCUUUCUUGUAUAAAACUUGGCAUUGGAUCUAUUUUCAUAUUUACAUCAUCCAUGGGAGUCCUUGGUGUUGUGGAAAUCAAAUGACUGCUGGUUACAUAUAUGAGUUUUCAAAUUCUGGUAUUUGUAAUGCAUAUGGCAAUAUUGGUGCUAAUAAUGAUGAAAAAAGAACAUGUUCACAAUCGAUGGAACAACAGAAUUAAUGAUUUUAUUUCUGAAAACAGGAAUAAGAGUCUGACUGAGCAGGAAUCUGUGUGGAACAUUCUGAAUGCCUUGCAGCACGAUAUAAAAUGCUGUGGAAGAUGCAAUGCCACACAGUGGAAAAGGAACUAAACAAAGAAAAAUAAUACUCAGUUCCCAUGUCCAUGCACAAAUUACAAUCUAAAGAAAUGA